AUGAGACACGAGGAGACCACUGAUUAUGAGAUAAUCAGUGAAUCGGUGGUAAAGUGCCACCUUUACCACAAUCUGAAACUGACGUUCAGCAAAGACAGCUUACUGCUCACCGAACAGACCGCCGAUGACUCGCCCGCCAAGAAGAGGGGUCAAUGGCAUCACCGGUCGUCCGGUCGGUCGCCCUCUCCUCCAGACUUCCUCAAGAGUAACAACAGGGAAGCGCUGACCUAUGCUGAGGCCCAGAAGCUCGUCGAAGUGGACAUCGACGGCAAAGUCCACAGAAUCAAUAUCAACGAACCCCUCGACAUCGUGAACGUGAGCGCCGGCGCUGACGGCUCUCCACUCAACGGAAGUGUUCUCUCGUUGAACGACACCAACAAUAGUAUUAAUGACAGCAUUGUCUCCAAACACAAGAAGAACUCCUCUGACUGUCAGUCAACGCCCCAAACGAACGGCACGACAGCCGGGAAGACGAAGACCGGCAAAGGGAAGAACAGGAGCGGGAAGUGCGGCAAAGGGCGCAAAGACAUGGCGUCCAAACACACGACACCUCUCGCCGCGAAGACCACCACUUCUUUAGUGCUAAAACUCCCGGAGCCGUCGUUUCGGGUGAUUGAAGGCUAUGAACCGCCGAACGCCAAACUGCGGACCUCUUCUUAUUACCGAUAUAUCGAGAAAACGAUUGACGACAUCGACGAAGAGGUGGAGUACGAUAUGGACGAAGAGGACACGGCUUGGCUCGAGUUGGUGAACAAGAAGCGAAGGGCCGACCGGUUGCCGGAAGUGCCGGCCGACACGUUUGAGCUGUUGAUGGAUAGGUUGGAAAAGGAGUCGUAUUUCCAGAGUCAGAACAGCGGCAAAGAGGUCGGACCCGCCAUAGACGAGGACGCGGUCUGCUGUAUAUGCAAUGACGGCGAGUGUCAAAACUCAAACGCCAUUCUGUUCUGUGAUAUGUGUAAUCUAGCCGUACAUCAGGAGUGUUAUGGCGUUCCCUACAUACCGGAGGGGCAGUGGCUCUGCCGGCGCUGCUUGCAGUCGCCGUCGCGCGCCGUCGACUGUGUCUUGUGUCCCAACAAAGGCGGCGCUUUCAAGCAGACCGACGACAACCGCUGGUCUCACGUCGUGUGCGCCCUUUGGAUACCAGAAGUGUGUUUCGCAAACACUGUAUUCCUGGAGCCGAUCGACAGCAUCGGUAACAUACCGUCUGCGCGAUGGAAGCUCUCGUGCUAUAUAUGCAAACAGCGAGGAGUGGGCGCAUGCAUACAGUGCCACAAAGCCAACUGUUAUGUGGCGUUUCACGUGACGUGUGCACAACAGGCCGGCCUCUACAUGAAGAUGGAAGCCGUCAAAGAGAUGACGUCCGGCGGUCUGGUGACGAACGUGAAGAAGGCUGCGUAUUGUGACGCCCACACCCCCACCGACGAGAACGGAACCGUUUUGAGUGGCGUCUACUCGUCCGGUGAGGAGGACUCGCGUCUCGACAACCAAAGAGUCAAACAAACGAAGGCUAAGUUCAAGGAGAAGAUGAAGAAAGCGCGCAAAAUAUUAGCCGAAAAGCGGUCGGCGAUCCCUCAGGUGUCGGUUCCGACCAUUCCGUUGGAAAGACUAACAAAAAUCGCGGCAAUGGUUUCGAUUCCCAAACGAAACCAAUUUCUGCAGCGAUUGUUAGGCUAUUGGACUCUAAAGCGUCAGUCGAGGAAUGGAGUGCCGCUUCUGAGGAGACUUCAAAUCUCUCACAACAGUCUCCGCAAAGACUGUCACAAAGACGGAGAUGACGAACAUGUGAUCAAAAUCAGGGAACAGCUGAAGACUGCGAACAGAUUGAGACAAGACUUGGAAAGAGUGAGACUUUUAGUCGAAUUGAUUCGCAAACGCGAGAAAUUGAAGAGAGAGUACCUGAGGACCAGACAAAGUACUGUCGAGUAUCAGUUGAAUCCGUUUAAGUUAUUCCUAUUGAAUGUGUUGACACGUCUUGAGGAGAAGGACGCGAAUAAGUAUUUCGCAGAACCAGUCAGUGUUGAAGACGUUCCCGAUUACUUGGACUUCAUUAGGACUCCCAUGGAUUUCAGUACAAUGAGGGCUAAGAUCCAUAGAAAUGAAUACAUUUCGUUCGACUCGUUUGUCACUGACUUCAGACUUAUAAUCAAUAACUGCACGGAAUAUAAUACCAAAGAGACGGUAUGGCAUAAGGCGGCCCUCAAACUCUCGGACCACACCGACAACCUGUUAAAGGAGGCCAAGAAGUUGUCCGAUGUGUACAACACCCGCACUGGACUCCACUCCCGGCCCACAGACAAUGAGAUACAGAUCUCCUCUCACGUGAGCAGUAGUUCCCAAUCGGAACGAAAACAACUCGAAGAUAGACUCAAAGAAUUAGAACAAAGCCUUUCAAAAGCGAAAUCUCAGAAAUCGGGCGGUUCUCGCACUAAACGUGUCAGGAGUUUGACGGCAGAGAUCGCUAACAUUAGGGAUAAGAUUGAGUCGACGAACUCGGGUCGUGCCCUCAACACCAGUUCCAAUCCGUUGAGCGCAUCUGCAUUUCAAACCAAUAGUUGCCUCAAUUCUAGUGUUAAUUCAAACAAUAGAAACUCGUCUUCAAACAAACGCAAACAGAAGGGUUCAUCCAAAAGCAAGAUAACCAACAACUCUGUGGACAGCGAUUCAGACGAGACGGAUAUCUGUGAAAACAACGCUAAUCUCAAACACUUGAUCGACAAAAUUGAAGGCAGAAAAACGUAUAAUUCUGUUUCGGCGAGUAUUAACUCCACUGAAAUCGAGGGUUUCAUGAAAUCCAACAACAAUUCUCCGAAUAAACAAAAUUCGGUUACAAAUCCAAAAGAAUCUCCUCCCAAGAGACCUAAGAAUAAAACAAAAAACGAUAAAUCAAUGAAUAGUAAAAUGAAUAAUAAGAAUGAAUCUACAAAAACAAGUUCGCGGAAUAACAAGAAGAAAGUGAACGGUUCCUCAUUAGGUAGCGCUCUGUCACCAAACAGUCUGUCCUCCAAUUCCCCGGCAAUUAAUUUAGGAAAAUUAGUGCCCGAAAAGAGUUCUCGAAAAAAGGGUCAAAAUUCAAAACUCGUUAACUCUAAGGGACUGGCAGUCGAUGCCUCGACUCUUACGCCCACUAAUAUGUUCACAGAAACGGCCGAAUCGUUUGCCAGAGAACAGGCUAUAAGAGGUGAGUCUCGCGGCGGGCUAAGCCUACAGUACAGACUCUCGAGUGUUAGCGUAUCAAGGUCGCGUAGUAGGUUCUGCAGACCAAGAUGCCCUUGGAGAGUUAGUGUGAGUAGGGAGAGUAGUAACCCCUCUUCGGGCACCAGUAGUCGAGUCAGUGGUCGCACCAAAAAGGAAUCGCCCAGAAGUACGAUACCGUAUAUCAAAUGCUGUGUCAGUCACUCACAGAUUGUGUCUCAUUUAGGGCCGAGAUCUCGAUCAUCGCGUUCAGACAUCUCUGCCAUCGAGAACCACAAAAUUCCUCUUCAGCCCAAUGACUUGGUGUGGGCCAAGUGUCAGGGUUAUCCCUGGUAUCCCGCACUGAUCGUUGACCCCCAACUGCCAGACUAUCCCAAUGGAAACGGACCACCAGUUCCUCCGAAUGACGUGUUGGCGUUGGGCAAGAAAGAGGACAAACAUAACCAGUAUUUGGUGUCAUUUUUCGACCAGAAGCGCACCUGGCAAUGGUUGCCCCGCAAUAAGUUGGAGCCGUUGGGCAUUGAGAACAAUACGGAUCAGCAGAAGUUGAAUGAAUCGCGAAAAGCCAGUGAGAAGAAGGCCGUCAAUAAGGCCUACACUAAAGCUCUCGACUUUUUCGCUCAGAUUCGCAAAGACAUCAAUUGAAAGCGAAAUCUUUUACUAAAUUAAUAAUUGUACCGAUUUUUCAUGUCAUGUAAAUAUAGUGUUAUUUAUAUUUGAGUUGAUGUUAAGACAUUUACC